AUGGAACAGGGGGCGCAUGGCCUUCCCGCCUACGGAAAGGGCGGAUCCUCCAGCCGCCGUCUGACGCGUCGCUCCAACGUGCGCCCAGCGACCGUCUUCAUCCCGCAAGACGCCAGCCUCUCCCCGGAAGCGCAUUUUCCAUUGCAGACGAGUCUGCAGGCCACCUUCCCGCGCUUCAUCAACCGGUUUGACAGCCGCGAGAUCCUGGUGGUCGUCGACGGCUCCUGUAUCAACAACGGCCGCCAUGCUAGCAAGCUGCGAGAUCCCGUCGGGGGCUAUGCCUUCGUCUUCAAAGGGGCACCGUCUGGCAGCGUCGCCUUCCGCUUGGAGCACGAAGGGCCCCACGGCUCGCCUGCCGAGCACACAUCGAAUCGGGCGAAGCUGCGCGCCGUGAUUGCAGCGUUACAGUUCCGGGCGUGGGGCGGAGAGGGCUGGCAACGGGUGGUCAUUCUGACCGAUCUCGAAUACAUCGUGUGGGGCGCGACGCGGUGGCUGCCGCUGUGGGUGGCGCGGCGAUGGCGCAAACCCGGGAGUCGGGGAAAGUAUCGAAUCGAGGAGCUGAGGAGGCUCGGCUGCGAGGUGUUGUUCUGGCUGGUCACAGACGAGGGCGAGGGGCACUCGUCGAGGGUCAUUGCGCAAGCAAAAGAGGCGGCGAGAAGGGUGGCGAGGGAGUAUCCUGGCGAACAAGUUGAGAAGUUCACCAGUCUGUUGGGGAUUCUGACGUGA